CCCGGUUCCUGACGCCGAUCCGUUCAGCACGCGGAUCACGGGGUAUGAACUUUGGCAGGACGACGGGUUGAAAGGGCCGUUUCAAAAGAUCUACCACGGGUACAAGCGCCCGGAGCAGGUGAAGUUCACGACGGACAUGCUAAUUCCCUCGCGGAUCUACCGUGC